UGGUCUUUCCUCUCCGUGGAGGCUCCUGGGUCUUGCUCAUCUUUAUAUCCCCAACCUCUGUCUAUGGUUCAUGGCCGUAGUGUGUGUGUAGUUCCCGAUUGCUGCGUGGAUGGGUGGAUGAAUGGAUGGAUGGGAGGAGGCCUCUAGGGCAGGAGAGACAGCUGGUAGGUGAUGUUCUGCAUGCCUGUUAUCUAAAUUAAUGGCAAAAGCAAGGGCCCUAGGUCAUUGAUUUUAUAAUAGAAGCCAGCCGUAUCUGCCAACUUGGUAUAAGCCUACGGUACUAUCCCUUGGUCCCAAUUCCCUGGCAAGAUAACUCUUCUUUCCACUGUGCCCUGAACCCCACGGCUCUCACACACAUGCAGUAAGUACUUGAGGCAGGGACAUUUGAUGAGACAUUUUCCUUCCCCCUUCCCUUCAUUAACAGAGAACAAAUCAUGGAGUCUUCCAAGACCUUCAUGAGAAACUUGCCGAUCACACCAGGCUACUGUGGCUUCGUGCCAUUCCUCAGCUGCCAGGGCACCCCCAGCGAGGACAACAUGUCCCAGUGUCUGAAAGCCUUCCAGGAGAACACGCGGAGAUAUAAAGACCAGCUGGAGGAACUUCACUGCUCUGUGGCCACUGCUCCAAAACUGAAGCCCAUCUGCUCCCAGAAGACAGUCCUUCAGGCACUGCACCAGUACUACCAGAAAUACCACCCCAUGAGUCUAGAAUGCAAAUAUGUAAAGAAACCCCUUGAGGAGCCCCCAAUCCCUGGCUGGGCGGGCUACCUGCCCAGAGCCAGGGUCACUGAACUUGGCUGUGCCACAAGGUACACUGUCAUGGCCAGAAACUGCUACAAGGACUUCCUGGACAUAGUGGAGCGGACCAAGAGAGCGCGCCUGAAACCAUAUGAAGAAAUCUACGGAGUUAGCUCCACACAACCUCCUCUUGCUCCUCCUCCAAAAGUCUUCCAGCGUGAUGGGCUGCUGCCAAAAUAUCCGGAUUUUUCUGUUCCAAGUGGAAGCUGUCCUGCCCUUGUGAGACCCCUGAGAGAGGACCCUAUACCUCCGGUGGGGUGCGGCUGUGGCCAGGUGAAUACGUCAGGCAAUGGGAAGAUUUAUCUGGGGCCACUGACCUCAGCAAAAUACGCAGAAGGCUAAAAGUCUCAAGUCUUGAGAGCGCAGUGAACCUCCAGGUGGGCUCUGAAGCUUGCCAUUCUCACAUCAGGACCAGCCCUCCACCUACACCCCAGCAGGCAAUAGGGAGAUGUAACCUCACAUGAAUCCCU